UUUGUAGAAUUAAGUAUAAUCUUCUUCGCUCUAUAUAUCAAAACCCUUUUCCUCAUUUCUCCACCACCACCAACGAAGACAAGAGCUUUCUCAUUUUCUCUAUCUCUCUUUUCUUCAGACAACAAAAGAAGAUUGAAAGAGAGAACAAUGGCAGUUCUUAAGACAUUGCAAGCUCUGAUCUUUCUUGGUCUAUUGGCCACGUCCUGUACCGCUCAAGGUCCGGCUCCAGCACCCAUUAUGCUUCUCCCACCCGUAGAGUCUCCUUCUCCUGUUACUACACCAACCGCUGAGCCACCGUCUCCGGUACCGGUUGCUUCACCACCGGUUAUGGUAACCGAGCCAACUCCAGCUCCGGCUACUCCUCCCACCGUCUCAUCACCGACUAUGUCUCCAAAAACUUCUCCUGUCGCUUCUCCUCCGAAGUCAGAAGAUAUGGCCCCAAGCCCAUCAGUCCCAACACCAGCACCAACUCCAUCACCAGCUCCGGCUGCUGAAGGACCAAUUGCUGACUCAGCAUUGACUAACAAAGCUUUCCUUGUGAGCACCGUCAUUGCCGGAGCCUUGUACGCUGUCGUUUUGGCUUAA